AUGGACUCUAUUAUUCAAUGGAAUAUAAACGGCCUACAUAAACAUAAUACCGAUAUCCACAGAGCAAAAACUCUCAUCAAACCAAUCGCCCUAUGCUUCCAAGAAACUAAUUUAAAACUUAACACCACUUUUCCCAUAAAAGGAUAUAACGGAUUCUUCCAAAACCGCCAAACACACCUCCGUGCAAGCGGCGGAGUAGCUAUCUUUGUAAAUAAUCUCAUUGAAAGCACCGAAAUUCAUAUUCAAUCCUCACUUGAAGUCAUAGCCGUCUCCAUACGCCUCAAAACUCCAUUAUGCAUCUGUAACAUCUACCUACCGGACAGCACCACUUUCACACUUAAUGAUCUCAAUGACAUCAUCCAACAAUUACCCAAACCAUUUAUUUUUCUUGGUGCCUUCAACAGUCGUAAUCAAAUUUGGGGAUCUCAUUUCACGGAUCACAGAGGCAAAAUUAUGGAAAAAUUUCUAGAAAAUGAACAGUUAAUAUUAUUAAAUACUGGAGAACCCACUCGCCACAACGCAACCCAUAAUUCCCUUUCAGCUAUUGAUCUUACAAUAACAAAUAGUACAUUUGCACCAAAAACCAAAUGGAACGUACUCAACGAAUAUAGCAGCAGUGAUCAUUGGCCCAUUUCCAUAAAAAUCAUAGAUCAAACAACCCCUAUAUCCCCAAUUGUCCGUUGGAAUUUGAAAAAUCCAAAUUGGGAACUCUAUCGAGACAUUAUAGAUCAAACACUUAGUGACCACCCAGUCAAUCUAAGAAGCGAAAUUAACCAAACCGAUAUAAAUUCAAUCAUUAACAAUUUCUCUAACAUAAUUUUAGAUGCCGCUAAUCUCACUAUCGGUAAAAUAAAUAUCCAAAAGAAAAAGAAAACAGUUCCAUGGUGGAACAAAGAAUGCAGUAUGGCAAUUGGGGCCUAUAAAAAAUCCUCCUAA